AUGAUGAAUCUCUUUAGAUUAUUGGGGGACUUGUCCCAUCUCUUCUCCAUCUUGAUCCUUCUGCACAAGAUGAAAGUGUCAAGUAGCGCAUCUGGCAUAUCUUUCAAGUCGCAAUUCCUCUACCUUCUGGUCUACCUCACCCGCUACGUCGAUCUGCUAUGGACCUUCUACGAGCCAAAAGCACUUUACAAUACGUGUUUCAAGAUUAUCUUCAUUGGUACAUCUGCGUACACCGUAUACCUGAUGCUGAAUGAUUACAAGCCGACCCACGACCCGAAUCUGGACACGUUCAAGGUGCAAUACUUGCUAGGAGCGAGUGCUCUAUUGGCCAUCAUAUUCCCAUACAAAUACACCUUUUCAGAGAUCUUAUGGGCUUUCUCUAUUUGGCUCGAAUCCGUUGCUAUCCUGCCACAGCUCUUCAUGCUGCAAAGAACCGGAGAGGCCGAAACGAUCACCACCCACUACCUAUUUGCGCUUGGCGCAUACCGUACGCUGUACAUUCCCAAUUGGAUCUACCGAUACUUCUUCGAAGUACCCAAGUUCUACGACCCAAUUGCGGUGAUUGCAGGUAUCAUCCAGACGAUUUUGUAUUCUGAUUUCUUCUACAUCUACUACACAAAGGUCGUCCAAGGCAAGAAAUUCAACCUGCCGGUGUAG